AUGGCAAAUCCCAGGUGCACCCUUCACCUUCUUUUCCUCGGGCUGUUGAUUGCUCCUGCCUUCCUUCAGCAGCAUCCCUGCGAGAUCAUCAAAAAGACGGUCUCCCACGGCACCUUCAACCUGGAUGUGAGUCCUCAGACUUACAGACCAGGGGAAACCUAUACAAUAACCGUCGGGGGAAUAGACAACAGCACCUCCGUUAUCCUGCAAGCCGUGUCUGCCGACAACCGUUCCGGGGGUCUCUGGGAAAUGGAAAGCGAAGCUGUCAGCUGCAGCGGCGCAGAGUACGCGGUGCAGAAAAAUGUCUCUGGCAAUGCCACCCGGAUUCGUUGGAUAUCCCCAAGAAAUGCCAAUGUGGGGGCUGUGUACAUCAGGGCCUUUGUCACCUUUGCCAACGGCACAACGAUGCUCCAGUCUCACACCUUCGCAAGAAACCAGACAACGGGAGCCAUGACGCCACCCCCAACAGCCACACACACCCACAGGCCAACCAUCCUCCACAACGCAACAAUGCUCCACCACAACUGGGCCUCUACUCAUGACCAGACCAAAGGCCCAUACAACUCCGCCUCCACGUCCCAAACCACCUCCGUCCUCCUGGCUGCCAUCCAGCUCCUGCCCAUCUUCCUCGGCUUCAAGCUUCUCUCCUAAGCCGAACCCCUCGUGCAUCUUCCCACUGCCUCAAAGAUGCCUCCAUCUUCAAGCUGGGAAGA